UUUGCUUCAAGUCAAGUAUAAGAACGGCUCCUUCGCACAAAGCUGAAUCAUUCAUAUCUAAGCUCUAUGGAGUUUCUCAGUCAAAUCUCUGUUUUUAUGCUUCUUUUCACAACACUGAACCCUGUAUUUGCUACCACAAAAACAAAAGCUUGUGAUUUCCCUGCCAUCUUUAACUUUGGUGCCUCAAACUCAGACACUGGAGGCUUGGCUGCUGUUUUUGGAGUACCGACAUCACCACCAUUUGGAGAGACUUAUUUUCGCAGACCAACAGGAAGGUUCUCUGAUGGUCGAAUCAUCCUUGAUUUUAUAGCUCAGAAUUUUGGAUUUCCAUAUCUCAAUGCAUAUCUUGACUCUUUGGGAUCCAACUUUUCCCAUGGUGCAAAUUUUGCAACAGCGGGAUCCACAAUUAGAAUCCCCAAUAGUAUUAUACCUAACGGUAGAUCAAGUCCAUUCUACCUUGGAAUUCAGUACAUUCAGUUCAGAGAGUUCAUAUCCAAAACAAAAUUCAUUAGACAUCAAGGUGGCCUGUUUGCAAGGUUGAUGCCUAAAGAAAAGUACUUUUCAAGAGCUUUAUACACAUUUGAUAUUGGUCAAAAUGAUCUUACUAUUGGCUUUUCUAAUAAUACAACUAUAGAACAAGCCAAAGAUUCUGUAGCUGAUAUAGUCAACAAUUUCACAACACAUAUCAAGAAUUUAUACAAUUUGGGAGCUAGAUCAUUUUGGAUACACAGCACAGGACCACUUGGCUGUCUACCUGCCAUUUUGACUAAAUUCCCGUCCGCUGAAAGAGAUAGUUAUGGUUGUGCAAAGAAAUAUAAUGAAGUUGCUCAGUAUUUCAAUCAAAUAUUGAAGGAAGCCUUAGCUCAACUUCGUGGGAACCUUUCUCUAGCUUCAAUUAUAUAUGUUGAUGUUUACACUCCAAAGUACUCUCUUUUCAGCAACCCAAAAAAAUACGGAUUUGAGCAACCUCUAAUAACUUGUUGUGGCUAUGGUGGGAAAUACAACUACGACGAUGGAGUUCAAUGUGGAACAACUAUAAAUGCAAAUGGUAAUAAUAUAUUUGUGGGCUCAUGUAAAAGGCCAUCUUCUAGAGUGAUAUGGGAUGGAACCCACUUUACCGAGGCAGCUAACAAGGUUGUCUUUGAUUUAACAUCUACUGGGGCGUUCUCUGAUCCACCCAUUCCCUUGAACCUGUCAUGUAGCAGAAAUCUCACUAAAAGUUAAGGAGCUUUUUUUUGUAUUUGUUCUGAAAAACUUAAAAACGGAGAAUCAUUUAUCAUACAAAACUUAAAGCAGAAACAUAAAGUAACAUACAUGAUCUUGAAAGUCAUGAUUUCCAUACCAUCUGAGUUAGAUGAGGAAGAAACCAUAGUCUUUCCUUUCAGAAUAUUUGAGAAGAAUUGAUGAAGGUUGUUUCUCUGUUGGGAUCCCUCUUUCACACAUGCAUAAGGAUUGAAGUUUCUCUUAUAGUGUAGCUUGUUUUCACUCUAUGUCAUUCUUUGGGCAUUUGCUGAAGGCUAAGUUUUUUCCCUUUUUGAAUUGUUUCAAAUCCAGAGGAACAACUUGCCA